AUGGAAAUUAAGUAUAAAUGGAUAUUUUCUCUGAUUCUUAGUACAAAUGUUCUAAUAAAUUUAGAUCAUGGAAUAAUUCCUGCAGGUAAAAUUUGUUAAUAUAAUAUUGUUUAGCAACUUAAUAAAUAGAAGCAUCUUUGAAUUUGAGUGCUGAAGAAUUGGGAUACUUAGGAUCAUUAGUUUAUGCAGGUAUAUCAUUAGUUGGAUUAUUUGGUGGAAAGCUAUUUAUACAUUUUAAUGCAAAGUUAAUCGUAACAAUUAGUUAUUUUGGAAUGUUGGGUUCUUUAUUAAUGUUUCCGCAACAUUAUAAGAGUAGUUGGAUGUUUUAUUUGAGUAGAUUUUUAACAGGAUGUGCAUAAGUAAAUAAAAUAAUAUUAUAAUGUUUAGGCACCAAUGAUGAUUUAUUUUCCUGUUUGGGUAGAUAACUUUGGAGGUGAUUCAAAGACAAUAUGGUUAACAAUAUUAUAGGGAGUGAUUCCAUUAGGAAUAUUUGUAGGAUAUGUAUUAUCAAGUGUAAUUUCAAGUAUAUGGACUUGGUAAUUAGCAUUUUAUGCAUAAAUUGCUAUGUUAAUUCCAUGUGCAAUAUUUUUUAUUUUUUUUGUAAGUACAAAAGAUUUUGAGAUAAAAAAAACAAGAAGAAGUAGAUUGGAUAAAAUAUCAGUUAAUAUUGAAGAAUUAGGUUCAUCAAUGUUAAGUGCAGGUUCACAUAAAUCAUAUUGGCAUAUGAUGAGAGAAUUAUAUUCUAUAAAAUUAUGGUUGUGUUGUACAAUAGUGAUAAGUAUAUUGUAUUUUAUAGUAACUGGAAUAUAAUUUUGGAUGACUGAUUAUAUGAUAAGUGAAAUGCAUUAAGAUAAAAAUACAGUUAAUAUAGUUUUUGCUGUAGUUUCAAUAACAGCACCCGUAUUUGGUUGUAUAACUGGUGGAUUAAUAGCUUAGAAACUAGGAGGUUAUGAAAGAACUAAAUCAUUAUAUAUAUGUGUAUUAUACAGUGCUAUAUGCUGUUUGAGUGCUGUUCCAGUUCCAUUUACAGAAACAUUUUGGUUUGGUUCAAUGUGUGUUUGGUUUCUAUUAUUUUUUGGUGGUGCUAUUGUACCUCCAUUAAUGGGUAUCAUGUUAUCAUCAGUACCAAAACAUUUAAAAGCAUUUGCUAAUUCAAAUACUACUAUGUUUUAAAAUUUAUUUGGUUUUUUACCAGCACCUUCUAUAUAUGGAUUUCUUAUGGAAAGAUAUAGUGCAAAAGUAGCUGUUUUUACAUUAAUGUAUUAUUCAUUUGCUGGAUUAUUAUUUAUGUUGAUAGCAGUAUUUUUUAAAAAAUAAGAAAUUAAGAAUAGAAAAAUAAAUUCAAAAAGUACUGCAAUAAUUAAUAGAACAGAAUCAGUUCUUGAAGAUUAAGAGAAUUUUAAUAUUACUGAUAGAGUUCUUUAAUAUGGAGAUAUGCCAUUAAGUGUAUCAUUAGCUUAACAUAUUGAUGAUUAGAUUCCUAAUUAUGAUUAUGAAGGUAACACCAAAGAACAAUUAUGAG